AUGCCCCGUAUGUUCAUAACCAGUGAUCAAGGUAAUUCAGCAUUGGAGAUCACAGGAAAUCCUAGCGAAAUCAGCCACCUCAAAUGCUUGGACUGUCCCACAACAUUCUUCCAAGACACAGGCGACAUCGCCCUUUACUUUGAUGACGACAAGAACAGCAUCAAUGACGAGGAUGAUGACGACGAGGAAAUAGAAGUCUCACUGUUAGUGUACCCUUCAAAGCAUUUAUGCCUCCUUCACCAAGUGCCAGACAAGAAACUUCUACUUCUCCUUGAUGUCACUCACCGAUGGAUCAGCCUUUGCAUGUCAGUUUUGACCUAUCCAGAGGAAUGGAUAGCACCACUGCUCCCUGCCUACAAUAUUUCCGUUGUUGAUCUACUUAAAUUCAACCUUCCACAAAUCACCGAUUGGCCUCCUGAAUGCGGGCUCUCCUAUGAUCCAGGUGCUCCCAAUCGCAAGUUGAAACAUCACGACCCCAUUCCUCCCCAUGAGUUAGUAAUAGGCCUUCGUGAAAGCUUUGGACAGGAGCUGUUGAAUGGGAUGCAAUCCAUUCGUGAUCCUUGCACACACACUACCCUACUACCUAUGUGGGUUGUGCGAUUCUGGCAGGUGAUGCACGAGAUCCAUCACACAAGGUCUCAAUGGGCAAAAGGAAAGGCAUGGCUACAGAGCAAACAGGAAGGGGAUGAUGCGGAACACUACCGCACAGUAGUGAGGCAGCUGUACAUUCUCCCAUGGAAUGGGCCAAUACAUGGCCAAGUGUCUGCCAUUGGGAGAACAACCUUGCCCUUAGUGAACUUUUUAUCUGAUAGGGCAUGGUUAUCUGAAGCUCUCGUGAACAUGAUGGUCACUUGCCUUGCCACUCGCUUGCCUAACAAACAGCCCGACAUAGUGAUUGUGAACACCAGGUUUGCCGACACCAUCCACAGUGCCAAAAGCAUCACACAUCAUGACCAGCCACGCAGCUUCCUGCACACUCUAGAACAUAGCGCAAAGACAUCAAGGUAUCUUUAUACCCCGAUCCAUGUCAGCGAUCACUACAUCGCGUUGGAAAUCAAUUUUGAAAAGCAAUCUUUCAGCUGCAGGGACUCUCUUGAUGCGCACAUUGGAAUCCAGGAGAUCACUAACAAGCCACAAUGGUGCUUCACAAAACAAUUUGGUGGGAGGUUUAAGAAUGCUGGAUAUGAGUUGCUGCAUGGUCACAAGAACGACUCAGCUUUGUGUGGAUUGUUCGCCAUCAACACCAUCAAACACAACAUCUUUGGACAUCAGCUCAGCAUUCCUGACCCUGACCCUGCCUACGAGAGAGCUAGAUGGUUCUUUCUGACAUUGGCAGAUCAGAUUGCUCAACCACUCCUGGUAGAGGUUAGUGACGAGGAAUUGGGACCAUCAGUAGGACCAUCAACAUGGCAGGGGCGGCCUGAAGGGGAGGAGGAGGAGCAAUCUGUGAUAGAGACAAAGGUUCCAUACCACGAACACCUCUGGAACUCUGAAGAAGGGCAUCGUGUACAUGCUGAGGGAAGAGGCGCAGCAAAACAUCAAAAUGGAUGA